CUGGUGGGCGGCCCCGUGGCCGGCGGAGACCCCAACCAGACCAUCCAGGGCCAGUACUGUGACAUCUGCACGGCCGCACACAGCAACAGGGCGCACCCUGUGAGCAAUGCCAUCGACGGCACGGAGCGCUGGUGGCAGAGUCCGCCGCUGUCCCGGGGGCUGCAGUACAACGAGGUCAACGUCACCCUGGACCUGGGCCAGGUUUUCCACGUGGCCUAUGUGCUCAUCAAGUUCGCCAACUCCCCGAGACCGGACCUCUGGGUGCUGGAGCGGUCCACGGACUUCGGCCGCACCUACCAGCCCUGGCAGUUCUUCGCCUCCUCCAAGAGGGACUGUUUUGAGCGGUUCGGGCCACAGACACUGCAGCGCAUCGUGCGGGAUGACCAUGUCAUCUGCUCCACCGAGUACUCCCGGAUCGUGCCCCUGGAGAACGGCGAGAUUGUGGUCUCCCUGGUGAACGGGCGCCCGGGGGCCAUGAACUUCUCCUACUCGCCCCUGCUGCGUGAGUUCACCAAAGCCACCAACAUCCGCCUGCGUUUCCUGCGCACGAACACGCUGCUGGGCCACCUUAUGGGCAAGGCGCUGCGGGACCCCACCGUCACCCGCCGGUACUAUUACAGCAUCAAGGACAUCAGCAUUGGUGGCCGCUGCGUCUGCCACGGACACGCGGACGUCUGUGAUGCCCAGGACCCCGCGGACCCCUUCAGGCUCCAGUGCACCUGUCAGCACAACACAUGUGGGGGUUCCUGCGACCACUGCUGCCCUGGCUUCAACCAGCGGCCCUGGAAGCCGGCCACGACCGACAGCGCCAACGAGUGCCAGGCCUGCAACUGCCACGGCCAUGCCCACGACUGCUUCUAUGACCCUGAGGUGGACCGGCGCAACGCCAGCCAGAGCCUGGACGGCACGCACCAGGGCGGGGGCGUGUGCAUCGACUGCCAGCAUCACACCACCGGCAUCAACUGUGAGCGCUGCCUGCCCGGCUUCUUCCGUGCCCCGGACCAGCCCCUCGACUCUCCCCACGCUUGCCGCCGCUGUGACUGCGAGUCGGACUUCACGGACGGGACGUGCGAGGACCUGACGGGCCGCUGCUACUGCUGGCCCAACUUCACCGGGGAGCGCUGCGAUGCGUGCGCCGAGGGCUUCGCCGGCUUCCCUCACUGCACCCCGGUGUCCCCCUCCUCCCCCAACCACACCGGGGAACAGGUGCUGCCGGCCGGACAGAUCGUGAACUGUGACUGCAGCGCCGCCGGGACCCAGGGCAACGCCUGCCGGAAGGACCCGCGGGUGGGACGCUGCGUGUGCAAACCCGCCUUCCAGGGCGUCCACUGUGAGCUCUGCGCCCCCGGGUUCUACGGCCCGGGCUGCCAGCCGUGCCAGUGUUCCAGCCCCGGAGUGGUGGAUGGGGACUGCGACCCUGACUCAGGCCAGUGCACGUGCCGGGAGGGCUUCGAGGGGGCCGCGUGUGACCGCUGCACCCCGGGAUACUUCCACUUCCCUCUCUGCCAGUUGUGCGGCUGCAGCCCCGUGGGGACCCUGCCCCAGGGCUGUGACGAGACUGGCCGCUGCCCGUGCCGGCCAGGAUUCGAUGGCCCUCACUGUGACCGCUGCCGCCCAGACCACCACGGCUACCCCGACUGCCACGCCUGCACCUGCGACCCCCGGGGUGCCCUGGACCAGCUCUGUGGGGCCGGGGGCGUGUGCCGCUGCCGCCCUGGCUACACGGGCGCCGCCUGCCAGGAAUGCAGCCCCGCCUUCCACGGCUUCCCUGAGUGUGCCCCCUGCCGCUGCUCCCCCGAGGGCUCCCUGCACGCAGCCUGUGACCCCCGCAGCGGCCAGUGCAGCUGCCGGCCCCGAGUGACGGGGCUGCGAUGUGACGCCUGUGUGGCCGGCGCCUACGACUUCCCCUUCUGUGAAGCUGGCUCCUGCCACCCUGCCGGCCUGGCCCCAGCCGAUCACUCCCGUCCGGAGGCCCAGGCCCCCUGUACUUGCCGGGCUCACGUGGAGGGGCCGAGCUGUGAUCGCUGUAAACCUGGGUUCUGGGGACUGAGUCCCAGCAACCCUGAGGGCUGCACCCGCUGCAGCUGUGAUCCCCGGGGCACGCUGGGUGGAGUCCUCGAAUGCCGGCCGGGCGACGGCCAGUGCCCCUGCAAGCCCCACGUGUGCGGCCAGGCCUGCGCGGCGUGCCGGGACGGCUUCUUCGGGCUGGAUCAGGCUGACUACUUCGGCUGCCGCGGCUGCCGGUGUGACGUCGGCGGUGCGCUGGGACAGGGCUGUGACCCGCGGACGGGCGCGUGCCGGUGCCGCCCCAACACCCAGGGCCUCACUUGCAGCGAGCCGGCGCGGGACCACUACCUCCCUGACCUGCACCACCUGCGCCUGGAGCUGGAGGAGGCGGCCACGCCCGAGGGCCACACCGUGCGCUUCGGAUUCAACCCCCUCGAGUUCGAGAGCUUCAGCUGGAGGGGCUACGCGCAGAUGUCACCGGUCCAGCCCAGGAUCGUGGUGAGGCUGAACGUCACCUCCCCUGACCUCUUCCGGCUCGUCUUCCGGUACGUCAACCGCGGGCCCACCAGCGUGAGCGGCCGAGUCUCUAUGCAGGAGGAGGGCAAGCUUGCCACCUGCACCAACUGCACGGAGCAGAGCCAGCCUGUCACCUUCCCGCCCAGCACGGAGCCUGCCUUUGUCACCGUGCCCCAGAGGGGCUUCGGGGAGCCCUUUGUGCUGAACCCCGGCACCUGGGCCCUGCUCGUGGAGGCUGAGGGGGUGCUCCUGGACUACGGGGUCCUGCUUCCCAGCACCUACUACGAGGCGGCCCUCCUGCAACUGCGGGUGACCGAGGCCUGCACGUUCCGGCCUGCCGAGCAGCGCUCCACGGAGAACUGCCUCCUCUACACGCACCUGCCCCUGGACGGCUUCCCCUCAGCUGCGGGAACCGAGGCCCUGUGUCGCCGGGACAACAGCCUGCCCUGGCCUUGCCCCACGGAGCAGCUCAACCCCGUGCUCCCGCCCCUGGCCGCCUGCCUGGGCAGCGACGUGCGUGUCCCUGGGACCCCACAGGGAGAUGGCCGAGGAGGUCUGGGAGAAGAGGGCGCGGAUGUGCAGCUGCUCCAGACCCGCCAGCACCAUCAUGAGCUCCUCGCGGGACACGGCACUGUGGCUCUCCGUGUGCCGGAAGCUCCCCUGCGGGCGGGGACGGUGCUCAGUGGGCAAGAUGGGGCACUUCGGGGCGGAGCGGCCCGCCGCCCCGGGAAGACCAGCACCCGGUCCCCUACCUCCCACCGCGCACAGAAACCCACUCCAGACGUGGGCUGCGAGGGCCAGCACGUGGCUGGGAGUGCCACCCACACGGGCGACCAGAGCAGCAGCAGGGACGUGCGAGGGGGAGGGGAGGAGCUCCCGCUCCCAGCCCCAUUUUCUGUCCUGGAGGGCAGGCACAGCAGCGGAGGCCCCCGGGGCCCCUCUGGGCCGUACCGGGACCCAGGACAUCCCCCCUCCCCACCUUGCGCCUGGCCCAGCUCUGCUCACCUCUACCAGUUGCAGCUGCCCAUGGUGGAUGUGGCCGGCACCCGCCAGCCUGCCGGCCACGUCCGCCCGGGCGGGUACCUGCAGCACCACGUCCGGCCUGCUUUCCAUGGGGAUGAACACGUCUCCCCGCUGGGGCUCCGAGUGAAGUUCGUAGGAGGGCGGGGCCUGCCAGUACAGCUCAGGGAGGGCCUCGGACCCGCGCCGCAGAUCGGCGUAGAGCAGCUCCGCCCCGGCCCUCCGCUCGUCCUGCUGCGGGUGCGCACCUCCCGGCGGGUGUGGGCAGAGCUCCUGCAGCGCUCGGUGGCCCCGAAGCAGAAGCAGCGGGUGCAGCCUUUUGGGUUGGCGGCGUCCAGGGAGAAGCCCCCAGAGGAGGAGUUUCAGCAGCUGAGGCAGCACAGGAGGUGGGGCGCCCGGCCCCUCACCUUGCAGUGGCACUGGCCCGUGACAGGGUCGCACACGCUGGGCAUGGAGCCCGCCUCAUCGCAGUCACAAGGGCGACAGCUGGGGGCGUCCAUACCCAGGGACACUAGCCCCAGGCCAGGCCCCACGAAGUCGGCAUCCUCAGGACUCACCAGCCAGAACCACCGGCCCUCGGGCACGUGCACGGUCACGCCACUCACCCUGCCAGACUCGGCCCCCACUGACGAGGACCUCCACGGUGAAGGUGGGGUGAGCCGGCUGGUACCCGUGCAGCAGGAAGGCGUAGCGGCCCAGCGUGGGCACGUGGGUGGCAAAGACCACCGUCCCCUGCAGGGAGAGGCUCCGCUGAGCGGGCGCAGGGUGGCGGGCCGAGGCUGGGGCCCUGGCGGGAGAGCGCUGGGCGCGAAGUCCUGGGAGCGGGCCAGGGGGAGGCCGGGGGGCAGCGGCAGCACGCGGCAGUCCCGCAGGACGAUGGGCUGGGGCGGCUUCAGGAAGCGAGACGGCAGGCAGGUGGCACUGGAGGGGGCGCAGGAUCGGGGCCAGGAGCCCUUCUCAGCUCUCCCUGGGGCCGCACUCCUGUCUCCCCUCCGACAUCCGCCCUGUCACUUCCUGCGGCUCCAGGACCACGACCUCCCCCUCAGCUCCAGCGACGGUAUUUUGCGUGGCAAAUACAAUGAACAGAGGCACCGAAGCCGUCUGGGAACCCCACUGAGGACACUGUGUGACCGCGGCACAGACACCCGCCCCGUGUGGUUCCGGAGCUCCAGGACGCAGUGGCCUGACGCCUCAGGGGGCCUGGGGCCCGUGCGCUCAGGGGCCGGGGGCCAGGGGCUCACCAGGAAGAAGCGUGCCUGCUUGGCCGUGAGCCGGACGCUGGCCUCCGUGUCCAGGUGGAAGACCGCCAGGCGACCUGUAGAUGCAGGGGUGCAAGGUGAGCGCCCCCUCCUGGGGCGCCUGGCCGGGGAUGUGCACGCCUACGCCCACCUCCUGGCGGGCGUCCUCACUGGCAUACUCCACCAACAGGACGUAGCGGCCCGGCUGCGGCACGGCCACCUGAAGCUGAACGUCCACCUGGGGGACAGCGAUAAAGGCCCCGCUUGCAGCGACAGCGUGCGCUCCCCGGACGCCCCUGGGCACGGCCCUUCACAGCCACGGCGCCCACAGCCUCUAUCCCCACGCCCGAGUCUGCACCUGUGUCCUCACCACCGGGGGCACUCCUCCCGGGACACCCUGCGGCCAUCGGCCUUCCAACCUCUGCUCCCUCCAAGCCUCCCCUACCUUCCCAAGGCCUCCCAGUUAGCACUGCUGAAAGCCUGCUGCCUGGAGGCCCGACCCGGGGCUUCAGAGCGACCAAAUGACCCGCUGCCUCCUCGUGACAGGCUGGAGGACUGGAGUCAGCGAACCCCACUGACAACGCUGGUGCCCGGCAACUGCAGCCGGUGUGACUGCUCCCCAUGCGGGACAGAGACCUGCGACCCCCACAGCGGGCACUGCGUGUGUAAGCCAGGCGUGACGGGGCGGCGCUGUGACCGCUGCCAGGAAGGCUACUUCGGGUUUCAGAGCUGUGGGGGCUGCCAGCCAUGUGCCUGUGGACCAGCUGCGGAGGGCUCUGAGUGCCACCCCCAGAGUGGGCAGUGCCACUGCCGGCCAGGGGCAGGAGGGCCCCAGUGCCGUGAAUGCGCCCUGGGCCACUGGGGGCGCCCCGAGGAGGGUUGCAGGCGCUGCCAGUGCCAGGGAGGCCACUGUGACCUGCACACCGGCCGCUGCACAUGCCCCCCUGGGCUCAGUGGGGAGCGCUGUGACACCUGCAGCCACCAGCACCAGGUGCUGGUCCCCAGCGGGCCCGGGGACCGGGGCGUCCACUGUGAAGUGUGCGACCACUGUGUGGUCCUGCUCCUGGACGACCUGGAGCGGGCCGGCGCCCUCCUGCCCGCCAUCCGGGAGCAGCUGCAGGGGGUCAGCGCCAGCACGACGGCCUGGGCCCAGCUGUACAGGCUGAAUGCCUCCAUCGCCGACCUGCAGAGCCAGCUCCGGAGCCCCCCGAGCCCCCACCAUGAGGUGACACAGCAGCUGGAGGCCCUGGAACAACAGAGCUCAAGCCUCGGACAGAACACACAGGGGCUGGAUGGCCAGGCAGGACCCUGGGGAGCCCCUGCCUGGGAGGCCCCUCCCCCAAAGCUCUCAGGAGACCCCUCCCCUGGAAAACCCCUUCCCAUGAACCUCCUGGCCCAGCUCUUUGAGCUCCUGCGGGGCAUGGACCAGGCCAGGGAGGAGUAUGAGCACCUGGCUGCCAGUCUGGAUGGGGCCCAGAUGCCGCUGCUCGAGAAGAUGCGAGCCUUCUCCCCGGCCAGCAGCAAGGUAGAGCUGGUGGAGGCCGCCGAGGCCCACGCACAGCAGCUGGCCGAGCUGGCCCUCAACCUGACCAGCAUCAUCCAAGGAGUCAACCAGGACCGUUUCACCCAGCGGGCCAUCGAGGCCGCUAACGCCUACGCCAGCAUUCUCCAAGCCGUGUGGGCCGCAGAGGACGCUGCUGGUCAGGCACUGCAGCAGGCGGGCCACACGUGGGCGAUGGUGGUGCAGCGGGGCCUGGCGCCCCUAGCCCGGGAGCUGCUGGCCAAUAGCAGCGCCCUGGUGGAGGCCGGCCUCCGGGAGCAGCAGAGGCUGGGCCGCGUGUGGGCCACCCUCCAGGGCACCGGCCCCCGCCUCCUAGAUGUCCAGGCCAAGAAGGAGCAGCUGGCAGCCCGAAUCCAGGAGGUGCAGGCCAUGUUGGCCAUGGACACAGAUGAGACGAGGAAGAAGAUCACUCAUGCCAAAGCCGUGGCCGAGGAAGUCCAGGCCACGGCCGCCCGCGUGCAGGCCCGGGUGCAGGACAUGCGGCAGAGUGCCGAGCGGUGGCGGGACCAGUACGGGGGCCUGCAGAGCCAGGACCUGGACCAGGCGGUCCUGGACGCGGGCCGCUCAGUGUCCACGCUGGAGAAGACGCUGCCGCAGCUGCUGGCCAAGCUGAGCCUCCUGGAGAACCGCAGGGCGCACAAUGCCAGCCGGGCCCUGUCCGCCAGCAUCGGCCGCGUGCGGGAGCUGAUCGCCCAGGCCCGGGGAGCUGCCAACAAGGUCAAGGUUCCCAUGAAGUUCAACGGGCGCUCGGGGGUGCAGCUGCGUGCGCCUCGGGACCUCUCUGACCUCGCCGCCUACACCGCUCUCAAGUUCUACCUCCAGAGUCCAAAGCCAGAGUCUGGCCAGGUCACUGGGGACCGCUUCGUGCUGUACAUGGGCAGCCGCCAGGCUGUUGGCGACUACAUGGGCGUGGCUCUGCGUGACCAGAGGGUGCACUGGGUGUACCGCCUGGGGGAGGCGGGCCCGGCGGCCCUGAGCGUGGACGAGGACAUCGGGGAGCAGUUUGCUGCCGUCAGCAUCGACAGGACCCUCCAGUUCGGCCACAUGUCCGUCACGGUGGAGAAGCAGAUGGCCCACGAGACCAAAGGUGACACGGUGGCCCCUGGGAUCCAGGGGCUGCUCAGCCUGCAGCCGGACGACUUCGUCUUCUACGUGGGGGGCUACCCCAGCAACUUCACGCCCCCGGAGCCCCUCCGCUUCCCCGGCUACCUUGGCUGCAUCGAGAUGGACACGCUCAACGAGGAGGUGUUCAGUCUCUAUAACUUCGAGGAGACCUUCCAGCUGAACACGGCCGUGGACAAGCCUUGUGCCCGCUCCAAGGCAAUCGGGGACCCCUGGCUCACUGACGGCUCCUACCUGGACGGCUCUGGCUUCGCGCGCAUCAGCGUCGGGACGCAGAUCGGCCAGACUAAGCGCUUCGAGCAGGAGCUGCGGCUCGUGUCCUCCCGCGGGAUUAUCUUCUUCAUGCGGCACCAGGACCAGUUCCUGUGCCUGGCAGUACAGAAGGGGAACCUUACCCUCCUCUACGACUUUGGCAAGGGCCUGCAGGAGGCCCAACCGCAGCACGACCUGGCACACAAGCUGCAGGCCCUGACCUCGGCCAGCAAGGCAAUCCAGGUGUUCCUGCUGGCGGACAGCCAGGGCCGCAAGCGCGUGCUGGUGCGCGUGGAGAGGAGCACCGUGUUCAACGUGGACCACAGCAGCACGCUGGAGCUGGCCGACGCCUACUACCUGGGGGGCGCGCCGCCUGCCCAGCUGCCCCCCAGCCUGCGGCAGCUCUUCCCCUCCGGAGGCUCCAUCCGCGGCUGCAUCAAGGGCAUCAAGGCUCUGGGCAAGUACGUGGAUCUCAAGAGGCUGAACACGACCGGCGUGAGCGCAGGCUGCACAGCUGACCUGCUGAUGCAACGGGCUGUGACUUUCCACGGCAACGGCUUCCUGUCCCUGGAGCUCGCUGAUGUCGCCGCCCUCACCGGCCAUGUCUACUCGGGAUUUGGCUUCCGCAGCACCCAGGACAGCGGCCUGCUUUACCACCGAGGAUCCGAGGACGAGCUCUGCCAGGUGUCCCUGCAGCAGGGCCGCGUGACGCUCCUGCUGCUGAGGACAGAGGUGAAAACUCGAGACAGCUUUGCUGACGGGGCCCCCCACUAUGUCGCCUUCUACGGCAACGACACAGGGGUCUGGCUCUAUGUGGAUGACCAACUUCAGCAGAUGAAGCCCCGCCAGGGGCCGCCCCCAGGGCCCCAGUCCCAGUCCCCCCAAGCCAGUGAGCUGUCCCUAGGAGGCAGGCCGGAGCCCAGCGACUUCUUCAGUGGCUGCAUUAGCAACGUCUUUGUGCUGCGGCUCCUGGGGCCGCAGCACGUGUUCGACUUGCAGCAGUACUCCCGAAGCGUCAAUGUGACCUCAGACUGCACCCCGCCACUGCGGGCCCAGACCCUGCAGUGGGCACCUCAAGGACGGCGGGCUGCGGCGCUGCGGAAGGCUCCCCGACGCGGCCGCCAUCCCCCCAGGGACCCGGCCUGCACACCACCCCGACCCCUCAGGACCAUCCGCAACGCCUACCAGUUUGGGGGUACCCUGUCCAGUCACCUAGAGUUUGCCCACGUCCCGAACCCCUCCGGGAAUGGGUCCCAAGUCUCGAUGCUGGUCCAGCCCCGCGCCCCCGGAGGACUCCUGCUCCUCGCCACCCCUCUCACGGCCAGCAGCCCCUCUCUGCUUCUCCUCCUGAGCCACGGACACUUUGUCGCUCAGACAGAAGGCCCUGGGCCCCAGCUCCGGGUCCGGAGCCGCCAGCGCUCACAGCUUGGCCUGUGGCACACGCUGUCUGUGCAAUGGGAAAAGACUUGGAUCCAGCUGGUGGUAGACGGGGUCCGGGCCCAGGACCGGGAGUGGCCUGGCCAGCAGCACCUGGACACAGGGAGCCCCCAGCCCCGAACUCUUUUUGUGGGGGGCCUUCCGGCCAGCGGCUUCAACUCCAGGCUCCCAGUGGCCGCCAACAGCUCCGGCUUCAGUGGCUGCGUGAGGAGACUGAGGCUGGACGGGUGGCCCCUGCGGACCCCCACGCGGGCGGUGGGAGUCAUGCCCUGCUUCUCAGGCCCCCUGGAGAAAGGCCUGUUCUUCGCAGAGAGCGGGGGCGUGGUCACUGCAGACACCCUGGGGGCUGCCCUGCGUGAUGUGAGCCUGGAGCUGGAGGUGCGGCCUCUGAGGGCCUCCGGCCUCAUCUUCCACCUGGGCCGGGCCCAGGCGCCCCCCUCCCUGCAGCUGCAGGUGCGGGGGAAGCAGGUCCUGCUGCGGGCGGACGAUGGUGCAGGGGAGUUCUCCACGUGGGUGACGUGCCCUGCAGCCCUGUGUGACGGGCAGUGGCACCGACUGGCAGUGACCAAAGACGGGAACGUGCUCCAGCUGACAGUGGACACGCGGACCAACAGCACCCAGGGCCCCACCGCGGCGACCUCCGAGGCCACCCUGGCCCCUCUGCAUCUUGGGGGCCUGCCCGGGCCCGCGAGCACACAGGCCGGGCCUCUGGCCUACCACGGCUGCAUGCGGAACCUGGUGGUGAACCGGUCCCCCUUCACCUGGCCUCGCACUGUGGGCAUUGAGGGGGCGGUGGGGGGCAGCGGCUGCCCCAACACCUAGUGGGGUGUCCCCCCGCCCUCAGCUGGUUCAGAUCAAGUUUGUGCCUGCCUGGACUCUAGGUUCUAGAGGUGAUGACUCUUCUUUCUGGAGAUGGUUUUAAGUUCUGUCUCUUUGAACGAAAGGGUAAAAUUCUGUAAGCUGGGUUUUUAGUACAUUUCAUCUUCCAGUUUCAUUGGGGUUUUUCCUCCACUGAUUUUUGGACACAUGAGGAAUCUACCUGCUUCUUAAAAAAUUAAAAGUUACUACUUCUGUUUAA